AUGACUCUGUCGAAGAUUCGACAAUAUAAGAGCCGUCUUACUCGCCUGGUGCCACCGACUUGCGAAAACGAAUUGCGAAUUAUGAAUGUGACAUUCCAUAUUUUCAGAUUCGACCCACGAGUGGGAAAGUGGGAGCACAUUCGUCCAAUGACAACAAGUCGAAGCUUUUUGGGGUCUGCAGUGUUCGAUGGGCACUUGUAUGCAGCAGGAGGACCAGAUCUGAGUUCAGCUGAAAAAUACAACCCCCGUACCAACGAAUGGAUAGCAGUGGCUGACAUGAAUGAGAAACGAACUGAUGUAGCGCUGGCCGUUGUCAACAAAACGCUAUACGCUGUUGGUGGGCGUAAUGGCCCCUUCGAUUGGACACCGUUGAAGUUUUUGAUCCCGAGGCAAAUCAGUGGAUAA